ACACACACUUCGAAACGUGUUUUUGCACACGCUCCCAAACGUGUAAAAACACACACACAACCCCCUCCCCCUCUCUCCACAUCAUAAAACCCUCUCUCUCUCUCUCUCUCUUUCUCUCUCGCGGUCUCUCUCAAUUUCUCGACCAAAUCUCCCGAAAUUGUCGCGGAUAGUUCGAAUUCAAUGGCGGAGGGCGCCGAUUUAGCGGAUAAUCUCCGCUGCACGAGGACGGACGGGAAGCGAUGGCGGUGUAAGCGCGGCGUGUUGGCCGGGAAAAAGUACUGUGAGGAUCACUUGGUUCAGUUCCAGGAGAAAGCUCAGAGGAAGAAGCAGAGAGUCAAAUUGGAGGCAAAGGUGUCGAAAAGCUCGCGGAAUCGGAGUAGAAUUGUGGAGAAAUCGAAGGAUAAAGGCAAGGAUGUGGCGAAAGAGGUGUCGAAAGGGGAGAGCAGUAGGAAGCGAUCGGCGAGCGAGGCGCUGGACGAGACGAUACGAAACAUGAAGUUGAAGAGGGGAGAUAUCCAGCUGGAAUUGAUCAGGGAGUAUUUGAUUCGGAAAGUCGAAAAAAAGAAGGAAGAGAGUGAGAGUGGAGUUCGGAAUAUAAUUAAAGAUUUUCCGAAUGGACGGAUGGAAAUUCCUCCUCCAUCGGAAACUCCGGGAGAAUUCGAUAAUGUAGGUCCGUAUAAUGUUAAAAUAGGGACAAAUUGUAAGAUUAUCCAACGAAGGCAUUUCAGGUCGAAGAAUGUGGAGCCGGUUCCUGUUUGUACAAUGCAGAUAUUACCUAGUGUUAAAGAGGCUUUGAAAUUUAAAAAAGGGAAGAGGAGGAAAUGCCAUUGGUGUCGGAAGAGUAGUUAUCGCAUUCUUGUAAGGUGUAAAGGUUGUCAGAAGGAAUCGUUUUGUGAAGAUUGUAUAGGAGAAAGGUCUUUUGUCAAGGAGGAAGUCAGGAUUGCUUGUCCAGUUUGUCGCGGAACAUGCAAGUGCAAGGCCUGCUCAAGCUCCAAACCUAAAGACGUAGAGCACAAGGAAUCAAUGAAGGAUACAGAACAGAUUGAGAAACUCCAACAGCUAAAGUAUCUAAUACAAAUGCUACUUCCUGUACUAAAAAAGAUGAACUUGGACCACAGUAUCGAGCUUGAAAUAGAAGCUAAAAUAAAAGGAGCAAGAAACUAUGAAAUUCCGCAGGUCAUAUUAGGCGGCGAUAACUUAAUUUGUUGUAACUGUAAUACUUCCAUAGUAGAUUACCACAGAAGCUGUACAAGGUGUUCAUAUAAACUAUGUAUAAGUUGUUGUCAUAAGUUUCGUCAAGGAAAGAUAAGUGGAGAUCUCAAAGAAAACAAAAUCAUGUAUCCAUACAGGAAGAGAGCCUGUACUUCUAAUGACAAGCUACCAUCAGAUAGGAAGAAAAAUAGCUCUGUAAAGCAAGAUAGCAAGUCAGUUGCUGCUUCAACAUUAUCCCAAAACUGGAAUGUUUAUAAAGAUGGUAGAAUAAGUUGCCCACCAAAGGAUUUAGGUGGCUGUGGUGGUAAUAUCAGCCUUGAUUUAAGAUGUCUGUAUCCAUUUGGAUGGGACAAAGAGCUAGAAGCAAGUGUAAAAGACAUAAUUAGCAAACAUGACAGUCGAAAUGCUUCAAAUUUUGGUUCAUGCUGCUCACUUUGCAGGAAGACAUCUAAUCAAGGUAACAGAAGCAAGCUAUUGCUUGAAACAGCUAAGAGAGAUGAUUCAAAUGAAAACUUUCUGUAUCACCCAAAUGUUCAGGACUUUCAUGUUGAAAGGCUUGGACACUUUCAGACUCAUUGGGGCAAAGGUCAGCCAGUUAUAGUUCAGAGUGUGAUUCAAGUUUCUGCAAAUAGGAAUUGGGAUCCAGUUACCAUGUUCUGCACUUAUCUUGGAAAGGUUCUUGCUAAAAAAGUUGACUCUGUAGCUAGUACGGAGAGAAAUUACUUGGAUUGCUUCGAGGUAGAACUCAGUGAAAGUCAGAUUUUUAUGGGCUCUCUUGAGGGCCAAACAAAUGCAUUUAUGGACCUGGAGAAAGUGAAAAUCAAUGGUUGCCUUCUUCCUAAUAUAUUUCAAGAAUAUUUCCCGGAACAUUAUGCUCAGGUCAUGCAGUUAAUGCCACUGAAAGAGUACAUGGACCCGAUGUCUGGUCUCUUAAACCUAGCUGCCAAGUUUCCGGAAAACAUGCCGAAGGCCAAUGCUGGUCCAUCUGUACAUAUUGCAUAUGGGGAACCUGAGGAAUCUAUGCAGGGCCAGUUUGUUACAAGACUAAGCUACGACUCCCAUGAUGUGGUAAAUAUUCUCGUACAUGCAACAGAUAUUCUGAUUUCCAAAAAGGAACUGAAUAGACUUAAAAGAUUGCUGAAGUUGUAUGCUGAUCAAGAUCAUAGCAGAUCUACAAGCAAGGCUGCUGAUCAGCCAUCAGUAAAUAAAGUGUUAGAAAGAACUUCAGCAUUUCAUAGUGAACAUAUUAAAGAUGUGACUGGAAAGUCAUCACUGCGUAGUGAAAUUACUGAAGAAUCAAUCCUGCAGGAUAGGGCUGUGAAAAACUUGAAUAAGCCUGAUAAAAUCGCUAAGGCAUCUACAUUCUCUAAAGUGUCAAGUAGAGGUGAUGCACGGAGUACCCGACCAAAUAAAAAGUCAGACACGAGUGAUAAAGACUAUGAUCUUGACUCUGAUUUAACAAUAUUUUGCUCUGGGACCACUUAUAGAAUUAAAGACUUGGAAAAUGAGUGUUUAGCUCACAAUAAUACAGAAGGCUCUAGUUGUAGCAAAGCAAAACCGGUGGCUGAUUCUUGUGGUGCCCAGUGGGAUAUUUUCCGCAGGCAAGAUGUUCCACAACUUUUAGAGUACCUCAGAAGGCACUGUGAUGAGUCUAUACCAGCAUUCUACAAUCCAAUGCAUGUGGUACAUCCAAUUUUCGAUAACAGUUUCUACUUUGAUGCAUUCCAGAAGAUGCGGCUAAAGAAAGAAUUCAAUAUUGAACCUUGGACCUUUGAGCAAAAGACUGGAGAAGCUGUCAUUAUUCCUGCAGGGUGUCCAUAUCAAUUUAGAAAAUUGAAGUCCAGUGUUAAUGUAAUCAUGGAAUUUAUAUCUCCUGAAAAUGCCCUCGAGUGCACAAGGUUGGCUGAUGAAAUCCGUUCAUUACCUCUUGAACACAAAGCCAGACAGAAAUUCCGAGAGGUGGAAAAAAUGACACUUCAUGGGAUAAGUUCUGCUAUUUGUGAAGUUCGGAACCUUACAACUGUGGGCAUGGCAUCAAGUGGAAAGGAUAACUGAGUGUGUAACCAACAUCUGCUUCAAAUUACCUUCAAUUUUUGCUGUGAAUGUUAAUAUUUGACUGUUCCAUCAAGUUGAUGCAAUGAAGCAUUCAUACAAACUUGGAUCAGAUCAUAUCCACAUCAGCCACACUAGGCACAUGUAUUUGCUGUAGAGAAAAUCACCUUAACUCUCGUCUUGGAUCCAAAUUUAAUCGAUGCUACAUUGCUGUACUUGACAGGCUAAGGAUGUUGGUGUUCAAUGGUCCUCAGAAAGCUACAAGCUAUCAGCAGCGGGUCAGUUAUAGCAAUGUAUGUAUUGUAUAUGAUCAGAUAACAGAUAACGGCUAAACCGAUGAUGGAAUAGUUACAUAGAUACCAGAGAUUAGCCAGUUGGUCAGAGGUUAUCAGUUUCAAUUAAUUUUAUAUGAUACAUGUGUUUGGAUACAUGUGUCUGUUGGUUUAUUUUCAUAGGAUUUUUUACUUUUUGCUGUGUUGGACAAAGGAUGAAAGAGGUUAAGCUUGAAAGUAGCGCCUCUGUUCUUUGUUAAAGCAAUGCUAUACAUCUCGGAUUUCACAUAUGUUCUAUAGUAGCACCUUGUUUAGACAA